AUGGCCUUUUGCAGCAUGAUAAUCCAGAAUAUAAUGCCAAAAGACAGCAGUUAUAUGAUUAUUACCAUCCAUUGGAAUUUUCUCCUACUCUUGGACUUGAAGAAAAAAAAGGGGAAACUCAUGGAAGAGUGGUGGGGAAGGAUGCACGGUCUUCUUAUGGAGGGAGGACCUACAUAUGAAUCAAUAAAACAGUCAGUUGCUAAUGAUAUCAUCGAAGAGGUUCUAAGACAGAAGCUUAAGAGAUCCUUCAAAAAUGUGAAGAUAAUAACUUACAACGUAAACGGUUUGAGACAACGCAUAUUGCAGUUCGGUUCUCUCCGCAAUCUGCUCAAUUCAUUCGACGCUGAUAUUAUUUGCUUUCAGGAGACAAAACUUAGCAGACAAGAUGUUACAGCGGAUUUGGUUAUGGUAGAUGGAUACGAAUCGUUCUUUUCUUCUACCCGAACUUCUCAGAAAGGCCGAACCGGUUAUUCCGCUGAAGAAGGAUUCACUGGCCUAAUGUGUAACUCUCAAACUAGGGAAGAUAAAUUGCCACUCUUCAUAGAAGAUCUUGAGGGUUUUUCAAAAGAUGAGCUUCUCAGUGUUGACAGUGAAGGGCGAUGCAUUGUCACUGAUCAUGGGCACUUUGUUCUUUUCAAUAUUUAUGGGCCUCGAGCUGGAAGUGAUGACACGGAGAGGAUUCAGUUUAAACAAAUAUUCUACAGGAUACUGCAGAUUGGAGUCUCUCCUGCAUCAAGGAAGGAGAAUCUUUGUUGUUGGUGAUCUCAAUAUUGCACCGUCUGCAAUUGAUAGGUGUGAUGCAGGGCCUGAUUUUGACAAUAAUGAGUUUGGAAGAUGGUUCAGAUCGAUG